AUGGGUAGGAAGAGAACGUGUGGAAUGAAGUGGCAAGAUUUUUGUGAACUGGUGAAGCAGAAAUUUUAUCCCAUGCACUUGAAGGAGCAGAUUGAAGAAAAGUUUCUAAAUCUUAGGAUGAAAGGAGCGAAAGUUCGAGAAUAUACCAAGACGUUCUUCAAGUAUUCUCAACUGGUACCAUAUCUGGCGAAACCGGAAUCAAACUUGAUCCAACAUAAUAUUUGGGGUCUUGUUAGUGAGAUCAGGGACACAGUGAAGGUUGCUAUGCCUAGAACCAUCGAUUCAGUUGUGGAGUUGGCUGGAUUGCUGAUAGAUAGGAUGGUGAGAACACAGGAGGAGAACAAGGAAAAGGAGGUGAAGAAGAAGGGUGAUCAGGAGAUGAAAAGAAGUGACAAGAAGUCAGGACGAAAGGAUUUUCAAAUUUCUGAGUGCAAGAUUUGCAAAAAGAAACAUCUGGAAGAUGGAACAAGGGUAUUCAAGUCAGAAUGUCCGAAAAUAAACCAACAAGGUGGAAAUGAAGUUAGAAGAAACCAGGCGGGUAGAAAUCAAGCAGGUGGAAGUGGAGUUGGUGGAAAUGGUGGAGCAAAGAAAGGAAAUGCACGAGCGUUUGUGCUAAACACUCGUGAGGUUGCUCAAGUACCGGACGUGAUUACUGGAUUUGAUUUCGUACUUGGAAUGGAAUGGUUAGCAACUAAUCAGGCUCGAAUCCUCCGUGACAAGAAAGCCAUUGAACUUCGAGCGCCGCCAAGAGAAAAGAUAACUAUUUAUGGCGAUAAGUUAAGUACCCCGAUCAGAAUCAUCUCUGUAAUGAAAGCAGCAAAGUGUAUAAGGAAAGGAUGCUUAGCAUACCUAAUUUCCUUAUCAACAGGUAAUAAAGAAAAUAAGAUUGAAGAUGUACCAGUCGUGGCAGAGUAUGCAGAUGUGUUUCCUGACGAACUACCAGGACUACCACCAGAUCGCGAGGUGGAGUUCAAAAUAAAUCUAAUACCGGGUACAACACCAAUUGCUAAGUCUCCCUACCGUCUGGCACCAACUAAGAUGCAAGAGUUAAAGAAACAGUUAGAAGAGCUGUUAGAGAAGGGUUUUAUCUCUGUUGCAAAUCCUUUCUAUACGUUAUUUUUGAUCCAAUCUCGCACUUGGUCUGAUCCUAUUCUUUACUAA